ACCAAAGCCGCUGCACCUACUGCCUCCCCCAGCCCUCCCAGCUUCGGUGUAGGUAAACCCGGCCCCUGCCAGCGAGCUCCGAAAGGCCGCCAGCCAUCCUCUCAGCAUAGCAACCACCUCAUUCCAACCACCACCAAGACCACUCUCACAAUGGGUCGCAACGGAGGAGAUCUUGCCAAACUCGUAUCUGCCGGUGGCGCCGCCGCGGCCAUUGGUGGAGCCUACAAGUUUGGUGAAUUUCUGUUCCAUGCCAAAAAGCUCCGCGACGUCGGUCCCGCCAACGCAGUCUACGUGCGCUUGAUCAAUCGCGUUCGCGCUGAUCUUGAUGAGGUCCGACGUCUCCUCACUGUUCGCGAAGUUCACGAUGCGCUCGAGGCCAACAAAGAAAAAGCGAAGUGGGUUUAUGGUGCUAUGCGAGAUGUGCGCGGAGCCCUCGAGAACAUCUCCCCCCAUACCGAGCGUGUGGGCGGCGAUGUCGACGGUGGCAGGCGUAUUGGCAUCCGCCACCGUGUUUACUGGCUUAUGAGCGAAAAGGAAAAGCUGGAGAACAGGGAGAAGGAGCUGCUUGUCGCCCACUCCAGUCUGAACGAGGUGCUAGGCUUCUUGACGGCUUUGGAGCCCGAUGAGAGCAAGCACCAGGGAAAGCACCGCCGUGAAGACAAGGAGAGGGUUGACAAGAAGGUCGACAAGAGGGUCGACAUUGACAUUGAUGUUAGGCAUGAUGCUCCAGGCCGGGAACGAGUGGAGCGAGAAGUGUGGGUAGAGCAUGACGACCGUCGUCCCAACCGCAGGGUUGUUGAAGAGAGAGAAACCUGGGUUGAGCAUGAGACCCGUGCCCCUCGUAGAUUCGAGGAACACAUUGUGCACCUCGACCAUCACGACCACCACGACCGCCAUGAUCACCAGCACCGCGGCCCUCGUCGCGUCGAAGAGCACUACGUCGAGCAUGAACAACGUGGGCCUGGCCACUACGAUCAGCGUGACACAUGGGUAGACGAGUACGGGCGCCCACGUCGCUACGAGGAGCGUGAAGUCUACACCGACCAACAUGGUCCCCGUCACCCCGACGGCCGCUACGUAGACGAGCGCGAACUCUACGUGGAGCGCGAUCCCCGCGAUCCCCGCCACGUCGAAGCCCGCUACAGUGAGCGCGGCCCUAGCCACUAUGAAGAAAAACGCUACGAAGAGCGCCGCUUCAACGAGCCUCUAGGCCGUCGCUCCGAAUCCUUCGAGGACCGCAUGCCCGAGCGCGAGUCCUGGAGGCAGAGCGAGAUCCGCCGCCCGCAGAUGGGUGGCCGCCCCAGCCAGUACGCCGAGUACGGCGCGCCGCAACCCUCCGGUGCUGCGAAUUACAACGGACUACCGCCCAACCCGGACUUUGAGCGUGAGGUCUGGAUUGAGGAGAAGGAAGACUUCCGAUACGAUCAGUACGGCAAUAGGCUUCCCGACCGCUACUUCCCCAAUAUGCCUCCUCGAGGGCCCAGCCGCAUGUGA